AUGUCGCCGACACCAAAACAGGGGACAAUGCCGAAGUUGAAGUCAGUUGAGUCUGCCCUCGAGCUGUUGCAAGCUGCUGCUGCGGAAAUUGAAAAAGAAUCGGAAACAAAAUGCGAGAGCUUAAGAGGAAACCGAAAUCGUCAACAGGGGGUUAUCCAGCAUAAGAUCUUGGAGGUGGCGAAACAGGUGGAGCGUCAAUUAGAUGGAGAGCUUGAAGCUCUGGAGAACCUGGAUAUUGAUGAUAUUGAAAAGCUGAGGGAGAAGAGGUUACAGAAGAUGAAGAAAGUACAUCAGCAGAAACAGGCGUGGUUGGGUGCUGGACACGGAGAGUACUCUGAAAUUCCUGAUGAGAAGGACUUCUUCGAUAUGUCGAAAAAAUCGAAGAAUAUUGUCUGUUUAUUUUACAAGGAUGGAUCUCCAAGAUGUAAAAUUGCAGAUCAUCACCUACAGAUUCUUGCUAAAAAACAUGUGGAGGCGAGGUUUUGUAAAUUGAAUGUCGAGAGGUGUCCAUGUUUGACAGAGCAUUUAGGGAUCAAAAUAAUUCCCACGAUAGCCCUCAUCUCAGACAGCAAGACAAAAGACUACAUCGUAGGCUUGACGGACCUCAGAAAUUGCGACGAUUUUUCCACAGAGAUGAUGCAGUGGAGAAUAGCCCAGUGUGGUGCAAUAUCAUACACUGGUGACCUGUUGAAUCCACCAAAAAAGGGAAAGAAGCCGUCUCAUCUACUCUUUGGAAACAAGAAAUCAAAAACAAUUCGAGGCAGAACUAAUUCUGACGACAGUGGUUCUGAUAACGAAUGA